ACGGUGUGUAAGCGGUUUGUUGACAUUGUGCCUGGAUGUAUUCUCUCGUGAUUCUGCUGUCAUUGCUUACAAAUUAAUAUCUAACCCGACGCGAUAGGGAAAAGACGUGCAGUUUAUAUAUCAACCAUGUCAACAGCUAGUUUAUAGUGUUGUUGCAGUGUUGCGAGAGUGGAGUUGCACAUCUCUAGACCCAGACCGUAUUCGUAUCGAAAAUAAAUAACUCCGCUAUGAAAAACUCAGCGGCUCCAGCUCUGCCUGUUUCUAACGGAAUGCCGAGCGGUGGCUACCCACACGGCGCGAUGGUUGGGCCUGCAUCACCCCAGCCGGUUCAUGUACAGGGAGUUUCAACCCUGCAACGAAUUGCCAUCCAGCGAAAAAGUCUUCUGGAAGCCUACAUCUACUGUGUCUUGUUUGGAUUGUUUGGAGUUCAUCACUUCUACUUGAAGAGGAACUUUUUUGGAUGGAUGUACCUGUUCUCCCUGGGUCUGCUUGGUUUUGGGUGGCUCAUUGAUCUGAUCAGACUCCCCUGGCUAGUGGAGAAGGCUAACCGUGAAGAGGAAGAGAUUGUGCUGAAUGGUUACUGCCUGGCACGCCAGUACAACCAUCGGUUCAUGGACCUUAGAGAGAGGACGCUUUUCGAAGCUUACAUGAUGUGGUUUCCAAUGGGAUUAUUUGGAUGGCAUCAGUUUUAUUUGGGGCGUACAGGUUUUGGAGUGAUCUAUGUUUGCAGUGUGGGACUUGGUAGCAUUGGCUGGCUGACUGACAUUUUCAGGAUGCCGUCCCUGGUUCGGGAAGCCAACGACCGAAUCCGCAGGAUCCGGAACGGAGAAGUAGUGGAGAUAACCCAGGAAUGUGCCCUUGGAGAUGCCUAUCAGCUGGCUUUUCCGUUUGGAUUCCUAGGCCUGCAUCACUUCUACAUGGGUCGAUUCGGUCAGGGGUUGGCCUACCUGUGCACUGGUGGACUAGCUGGGGUGGGCUGGCUGGUCGACCUGAUGCGAAUGCCCUGCCUCGUCAGUCGCCACAACAAGGAGGUUCAGGAGAAUCGCACCUGGACGCGUCACCUCGACGACGCCUACAUCUAUGCUUUUCCUUUCGGCAUUCUUGGGUUCCAUCGAUUCUACCUGAGCGGUCCUGCCAUCGGGCUGUUAUACUUCUGCACGGCAGGCAUCUUCGUGUUCGGGUGGCUCAUUGACCUGGUUCGUAUGCCUUGCCUUGUCAAGGCGGCCAAUGAAAAGCAAAGGAUGCGUUGCGAGCUGUAUGGUGACCUCAUUGUUCCCAACAACGAACGUUUGUAUGUGUUCAUCCCGGGUCAACCUACAGGAGGUCAACCUCAAGGCCAGGUCCCGUUGCAUUAUGGGUCCACUGGCCAGCCAGGGAACCCCCAGCGACCGUAUCCAACCCAGCAAGGCGCGUCCUUCGUGCACUAUAAUCCCUAUAAUGGCCAAAACUUUCAGAUGCCGGUUGCCAGCAACCCCAUGCCAAGCACCUAUGUUGGCCCUCCGCCCAAUCCUCCACAGUAUGGGGAUGGAGUGCAGCCUUCCGAUCUCCCACCCCCUUACCAGGAGACCAGGGAUUUAUCCAGCAAUCCUCAGAGCUCAGCACCAUCUGUCCUGCCUACUGACAACAAAAUUGGAGAGUCAGAAGCCUAGAUGCAGCAAGACUUUGUCUCACCCAUUUUCUGACCCGAGACUGUUUGGGGGGGGGGGGGGGGUAUCCACCCUGAACGUAGAACUUUUCAUCCUGAUGUUCACAAAAUGUACCGUAUCGUGCUUACAUGUAUUGUAUGUGAGUUAUAUGCCUAUCAUUGUACUAAUACUUUUGAUACAUCAUGAGUCCAUGUCAAAUUGUUUUUUAAAUGGCUGCCAUUGGACUCGGGAAAUCACAUACCAGCUUUAAAUGGGCUUGAUGCAACAGACAAAGAGGCCUAAAUGAAGUCACUGUUUAAAAUUUAUCAUUUUUGGGGUUUAAACAAAAGGAGGCCGCCUCAAAAAAGCAAGUGGGCAGGGACGCCAAACUUUUUUUUUUUAAAUUUGGCCUUACUGCAGGUAUAAGUUUUUUUUAACAAAGGCAUUUGUGUAGUUUAUCUACAUUAACCCUCUUGGUUCAAUUUAACAUGAUCAUUGAUAAACUGGGAAGGAUUAAUGUUAGUUAUUGUAGUACCAGCAUCAUAAAGAGAAAAAGAUAAUAUUUUUUUCUUGCCACACAAAAGACUUUUAACUUUCAAGAUAAAGGUUUUUAAAAUUUUGGAGGCUCUGGAAGUACAUGUGCAUGUAGUAAAAAGUUCAAAAUUCAAAAUCGAAACUGGUUUUGAAAAGUUGUGAAUAGCAUCAGAGUAGACAGCCUCUGGACUAUGGGAAAUGAGUAAUCUGACAUCAGCAAAGUGAAAUAAACUUUUGUAAAUACUUAAACUUAAUCACAAUGAAUUGUAAUCUUGUUUAUUCUUGUAAAAUAUGGGUGCAAUGAUAUGUCUUUCUUUGAUCUGAUUUUUUUAUAGUAUAAUUUUAUGUAUUUUCUGUUUUAUCAUUAAUUUUCAAAUUAGUGUACUUAAAUUUACAUCAAAUGUAUGUGUUUUUAAUAAUGCUUGUGCAUAAUUAAUUAUAGAAAUGUGAAAGUGAAAAUAUUUCGGUUGCAUUCUUAAUUUCAAGCACUAUUUUAUAAAAUGUAUAUGAAGAAUAAGUGCGGGUAGAUGUAUUUUUGCUUCAAUUAUGGUGUUUUUAGUUGAUUUGUUACUUGGGUAUUCACUACGUACUGAUUGCUUGUACAUUACUUAAAUAUAUAUCUAGUUUUAAGAAAAUUAGGAAGAAUUGUUAGCAAGUAAGAUAGUUGACAUGACUGUACAAUUUUAUCUUGCUAUAUUAUAGAUAUCCAAGUCUCAACUCCAUAUUUUGUUUGUAGAGACAAAAUUCGAAUUGUUUCAUUAUAAUUCCACUUUUUUUCAAAGUCUUGAUGAUUGGAUUGAUAAGUAUUGAACUUUCAUUGUAAAACCCUGAGGUAUUGUGGUUUUUGGAAAAUGCUUUUCACAACCAACUCUGACAGACUAUUAUUAUGGAUGGUUAUAAUGACAUGUAUUUGUAUUAUAAUAUUUAUCUAACUCAAGGUCAGUUAAUUCGAAACUUACCAAAUUCAUAUUGUUAUUUUAAUAUCCUGUAUUGUUACUGUGAAUGCUUAAUAGAAAAUACAU